CGUCUUUUCCCUUUUCCGGCAAGAGGGUCUCCGCCACCACUUACGACUGCGAUUUGCUUUUGUUGCUGCUGUUACGUGAACCGGAAUCAAUUGGAGGAAGUCCUCUUCUUGAGGGUUGUUUAUUCACUCUGGUUUUAAAUUUUUUUAGAUGAUGGAUAUUGCCAUUGACGAGCUUCAGAUAAAGAAAGAUGCUUCAGAGAGUUUGACUACAGCUGAAUCCCAAGCUCCUUGCAGUGACCGUCCCAUGUUUUGGACUAUAUGUCCAUUUUGUGCUGUUAGGUACAGAUCCCACAGAAGCCUUCUCAACAAACCGAGCCGGUGUCAAUCUUGCUACAUCAAAUUCAUUGGGGAGGAAGUCCCUGUUAUAGGCGCUACACCGGAGAUUAAACCAAGUCAAAACCAUGUUGCUAGGCCUAGGAGCAAUUUGGUUGCAUUGAAACCCAAGAAACAGCCUCAGCCGCAGAAACCUCAGUCCCCAGAUCCUUCCAGUGGCAUUCCAAAGUUUUGGACCAUGUGCCCGUUCUGUACCGUCAGGUACAGAUUACAUAGGCGGGACUUUCUCAACAAGCCGACUAGUUGUCAGUCUUGCAAGAUGAAGUUCACUGCGAUUGAAUCCCCUGUUCAAGGCCAUCCACCAGGGAAAAUAUCAAGUCAGAAAACUCUGCCUACUAUGGAGAAAACUAGGUUGAGUCAAAACCAUGUUAGUACGAGCAAUUUGGCUAAAUCAACACCCACGAACCAGCUUCAGCCUCUAAAAGCUCAACCUCAAACAGUUCCAUUCAGAUCUCGUCCAAGCUUUUGGACCAUGUGUCCUUUCUGUGAGCACAAGUUUAUUUUUCUGAGAAAAUAUAUCAACAAAUGGCUCAAUUGUCUGAUAUGCAAGAAGAAGUUCAAUGCGGUUGAAGGGAAUUUCUCCUUGCUCCAACCAAAAACAGUCCCAAGUAAGAAUCCAGGUACACAUUUCUCUGGAAAGGAAAGUUUCCAAGGUUUGAGCUGUGUUGAGAAGGUUGGUGAGAAGAGAAAGAGGGAUGAGUAUGGUGAAAGUUGCAAUACUGAAAAUCGCAGCAAGUCUGAAAAGGUUAUUGUCAAAUUAAGUGAAGAUGGGAGUAGAAGAGUGUCGGAUGAUAUUGGAAAUGCAGGAGAGGAGUCAGGAAGCGGAAAGGAACACUAUGAGGUUCAUAUUUGCAAAGAAACAUUGCCAAAUACCAUUAAAAGAAAUUCUCAGGUGCGACCUGCAAUGAGGAUCUCUCAGAAUCUCAAGGUAGAUAAUAACUCUGGAUUUUUGGAUACAAGUUCAGAAGUUGCAGUACAACUAACGACUUCUGAAUGUGCUGGUCCAAAGUGUAACAACAUUAGGAGUGAUUUGCUUGCGUCGACAUCCAAGAAGCAGCAAGAAAAAGCUCAUGCUUUCUCCUUGCAACAAAAGAAUAAAGUCCCAAGUAAGAAUCCAGCCACACAUGUCUCUGGAAAGGAAAGUUCUCCAUGUUUGAGCUGUGCUAUGAUAGUUGGUGAGAAGAGAAAGACGAACGAGUGUUGUGAAAAUUGCACUACGGAAAAUCAAAACAAAUCUGAAGAUGUUAUUGGCAGGGAUGUGGACAACAAUAGAAGAGUAUUCAAUGAUAAUGGGAAUGUAAGAAGGCGAGAAGAGCCGGGAUCGGGGAAGCAGCUCCAUGAAGUUGUUCGUUCUGAAGAAACAUUCCCAAAUGUCAUUACCACGGAUCAUAAGUUGAAUAAAACCCAAGAUGCUGCAGGGAACUCCGGGGAUCUUGAGGUAAAUGAAAAGUCUAGUUUAUGUGAUUCAGGUUCAGAAGGUGCAGUACAACUAGAGACUUCUGAAUUCGCUGGUGUAAAGUUUAACGACUUUGAUAAGCUGAGGGCUGAAGUAAGCUUUGCGGUUGGUCAGACCUGGGCUCUUUAUAGUAAAGCAGAUGGAAUGCCUAGACUGUAUGCUGAUAUCAGAAAAGUUUCAGCUCCUUCUUUUGGGCUUAGGAUCACAUACCUAGAGCCAGAUCCGGAAGAUGAGAAAGAGAUACAAUGGUUUGAAGAAGACUUGCCUGUUUCUGUUGGUAAGGUCAGGUUUGGGAAAAGUCAGAACACAAAAGAUCGUUCCAUAUUUUCUCAUGUAACCCGCUACACAUGCAAAUACGAUGAAGAAAGUGACUAUGGUCGUUUAAGUAUCUCCCCAAGAAAAGGUGAGACUUGGGCUCUAUUUAAGAACUGGGACAUAAACUGGUCUUCUGAGCCAGAUUCUCACCGCAAAUUUGAGUAUGAGUUUGUCGAGAUUUUGUCAGAUUACACUGAGGGAGCUGGUGUAUCUGUUGCAUUCUUGCAUAAAGCAAAAGGCUUUGUAAGUGUGUUCUUUCGAAUGGGAACUGGGGGUGCAGACAUAUCUCAGAUUCUACCUCACAGUUUAUAUCGGUUCUCCCACAGGAUACCUUCCUUCAAACUAACUGGAAUGGAAGGACAAGUUAUACCAAAAGAUGCUUAUGAGCUGGACCAAGCUGCAUUACCAAAUACUAUAGAAGAGAAAAUUGUCCCUUCUCAUCUAUUAGCGGAGCCUAAGUCUAAACCUGAAAAACCUGAAGCUCUCAACUUUCCUAUGAAGGGAAAGGUUUUUCAAACAGGUCAGAUUUGGUCAUUUUACAGCAGUUUCGAUAACUUGCACCCAUCUUACUGUAGGAUUCAGAGGAUCACUUUAACUCAGGCAUUCGAGCAGGAAGCAGAAUUUAAACUAUCUGUAAGUCGGUUAAAGGCUAAUCCUUUCCCGGGGAAUGUCAUUCCGUGGGAGGACAAGAGAAUGCCUGUUGGUUGUGGAACUUUCUCGGUGAGGAAAUGUUUCGAAAUACUCACUCCAGAAGAUAUUUUACAUCAGAUAAAGCCUGACACCUCCAUGGAUGGAAAUGAAUAUACUAUUCUUCCCAAGAUUGGGGAUGUUUGGGCCAUAUACAGAUGCUGGACUUGUGACAAGGAGUUCAAGGACAUGGGUUCAUGCGACUAUGACAUUGUUGAAGUUCUUGAUGACACCUUGGACUAUAAGGUUUUAGCGGUGGAGCCUGUGCUGUUUUCUAAUGAAGAGGAAGAUAAAACAUUCUUCAAAGCAGCUGAGAGUAGGCAUUCUGAUUGCAACGAUAAGAAUGGGUCAGAAGCGAUAUUAACAGUCCCCAAAUCAGAAAUGCUUAGAUUCUCACAUCAGAUUCCUGCUUCCCGGGUAAUCAAGGAGAUUGACGGGGAUUUGAAAGAGCUUUUUGAAGUUAAUUAUAGAGCAUUACCCAAAAACUCGAGGUUUCAAGACCAUUGAGCAAAGGGGAAGUGAGGGAAGGAUUACUUUUUGUUAAGCUUUUGGUGCUCAGUUUGUCAAAAGGUUUGUUCUUUGUAUUAAGAUCUAGGAACUGGUACUUGUAUAGAAUUUCUCCCUGGUUUAAAGCAUUUGCUUCUGAUAUUGGUUCGAAAUAUAUGGAAAAUCAUGUAUUCUGACU